AUGGCUUCACAUAUGAGCAACGGCACAAAGCAGGAUUUGAUAUCGUCGUACUAUGCCCAAGCAAAACAAAUCUUCCUCGUUCCGCUCACCUUUCCUGAUCUCACACAAACAGGCAGCAACCUCGAAAGGAUCAGCUACGGAGGUGAUGUGUGGGAGCUUCGGGUUGACCUGCUGAGGCUCAACGAGGGGACUAAAGUACCCUCCAAAGACCAUGUGCUCUCGCAACUGGACUGGUUGAGACAACGCUCGAACCUCCCUAUCAUCUUCACCGUACGGACAGUCUCACAAGGAGGCAAAUUUCCGGAUUAUGCAGCACCUGAAGCCCUUGAACUGAUGUUACUCGCCGCCCAACACGGGUGCGAGUAUAUCGACGUGGAGUUUGCUUGGCCCGAAUCCCUGAAGCAAGAAAUUGUCAAGCACAAGGGGACCAGUAAACUUAUCGCCUCGGUCCAUGACUGGACUGGAGACAUCAGGUGGUCAGAUUCCUUGUUUGAGCACUACAUAGAACAGAACACUUACGGAGAUAUCCUGAAGCUCAGCUUUCAGGCUACUGACAUUGCAGACUGCCACGAACUGGCACUACUGCAACGGAAAUAUAAGACGCAUUCGGGCAAACCCAUUAUUUCAGUGGCUAUGGGUUCGGCAGGCCAGCUGUCCCGCAUCAUCAGCCCCGUCUCUUUUGUCACCCAUCCUCUUUUACCAGCCCCGUCGGCACCGGGUCAGAUAUCCUUGGCCCAGGUCAACUACGCUAAGCAUCUCAUGGGUCAACUCCCAAAACGCAAUUUUUUCAUCUUUGGGAAUAACAUUUCUCAUUCGCUAAGUCCCACCAUUCACAAUACUGCUUUUGCCGAGCUAGGUUUGCCGCAUCAUUAUUCGAUACACCAAACACCUCAGAUCGACGAUACUGUGCGUGAUCUAGUGCAAAAGCCCCAAUUUGGCGGCGCGUCGGUCACAUUCCCUCAUAAACUGAACAUCCAACCGCUUCUGGACUCCGUGUCAGAGGCUAGCACCAGAAUUGGAGCGGUGAACACAGUCAUUGUUGAGGAGACCAAGUCAGGCCGGACUCUCCGCGGUGACAACACCGACUGGGUUGGUAUCUUGAGGUGCAUCCAGGGCAGCGGGUUGAGCAAACUUGACACUGGUCUCGUUAUCGGGGCUGGUGGCGCAGCACGCGCAGCUGUGUACGCAUACAGGCAGAUGGGCGUUCCACACAUAGGUCUGGUGAAUCGAAGCAGGAACACCGCGGAACGUCUGAUAGCCGACUUCUCUCCUCUGCAAGUUGACAUAUACGGGUCUCUGGCUGAAGCGCCGACCGCAGACGUGAUUGUCAGUUGCAUUCCCGCCGACGACGUGACCGAAGCCGACAUCCCAGAGCACAUCUUCGCGACGGGCGCCGGGGUAGUGAUUGAAAUGGCUUAUCGCCCGCCAGUUACUGCUCUCAUGCGGGUUGCAUCACGCCAAACUGGCUGGAAGGUGGAAGAUGGCGUUGCUGUGUUGAAAGAGCAAGCAUAUUGCCAAUUCGAAAUGUGGACGGGCAGGCGUGCUCCCGUUUUAGCGAUCCGGGAAGCUUUAGAUACAAGGAAUGCGGCCAAGUCGUAA